AUGGAGAAGGAGAAGGACCAGGACCAGGACCAGGACCAGGUUUCCAGAGGAGAGUUAGGAGGAUUCAACUCCGUGAGGCAAAGCUCCAAUCUUGUUGUUGCGGUCUCAGGACCUGAGGCCCGUAACACUGACACCAAGAAUCAUAAAGGAAGAUCCAAAAGACACUGCUGUGAUGAUUGCGAACAAGUCUUUACCACUUCAUCAAACCUGAAGAUCCAUAAGAAAACUCACACUGGUGAUAAACCAUACAGCUGUGAUCAGUGUGGAGCGGCUUUUACCCAUAAAAGUCACCUAACGAGACACCGACGUAUUCACACUGGAGACAAGCCUUACAGGUGUGAUCAGUGUGGAGCGGAUUUUAUCCGGCAAGGUGAUUUGACGAGUCACCAACGUAUUCACACUGGAGACGAGCCUUACAGGUGUGAUCAGUGUGGAGCAGCUUUUGCCGAGCAAGGUGCUCUAACAAGACACCAACGUAUUCACACGGGAGACAAGCCUUACAGAUGUGAUCAGUGUGGAACGGCUUUUGCCCAGCAAGGUAAUCUAAAGCGACACCAACGUAUUCACACUGGAGACAAGCCUUACAGAUGUGAUCAGUGUGGGGCAGCUUUUGCCCAGCAAGGUCAUUUGUCGAGUCACCAACGUAUUCACACUGGAGACAAGCCUUACAGGUGUGAUCAGUGUGGAACGGCUUUUGCCCGUCAAGAUGCUCUAACGAGUCACCAACGUAUUCACACUGGGGAAAAGCCUUACAGGUGUGAUCAGUGUGGAGCGGCUUUUGCCCACCAAGGUCAUUUGACGAGACACCAACGUAUUCACACUGGAGACAAGCCUUACAGAUGCGAUCAGUGUGGAGUUGCUUUUGCCCAUCAAGGUGCUCUAACGACUCACCAACGUAUUCACACUGGAGACAAGCCUUACAGGUGUGAUCAGUGUGGAGCGGCUUUUGCCCAACGAGGUUCGCUAACGAAACACCGACGGAUUCACACUGGAGACAAGCCUUACAGAUGCGAUCAUUGUGGAAAGGCUUUUGCUGAGCAAGGUAAUUUGACAAAACAUCAACAUAUUCACACUGGAGACAAGCCUUACAGGUGUGAUCAGUGUGGAGCGGCUUUUGCUUGGCAAGGUGCUCUAACGAGUCAUCAACGUAUUCACACUGAAUAAAAAGUGUACAUUUGUGAUCAGUGCUGAUAUCAUUUAUUUUGAGAGUUCAGUUAAAAGGCACCAAUUUAGUUUAGUUCAUUUAGUUUGAAAGAAAUAAUUCUGGUGGUUCGAUUGUGGGAAAGAUUUUGAAUAUUUUUUUUUUUUUAAAAGCAGCAGAUUCUUACAGCUAUUAGAGCUGUUCAGUUAUAACCAGAUUUAGAAAAUGAAAUACAAGAACUCAAUUCAAAUGUCUUUAUUUUGAACAUGAUGGUAGUGUAACUAACAGACAUCCUCGAACAUAGUUGAACAAUGAAUGAAAGAGAUUUUUUUUUGAAGCAACAGCAGUUUUGACAUGUUCAAGAAGAAGAAGAAGUAAAAAAAACUUCUCCUACCCCUUGAACUCAAUACCAUGUUUUCACAUAGACCCUUGUUAUUAUAUGUUAAAAAUCUUGAUGUAUUGAGAAGUUACACAAAUUAAUAUUAACAAUUUUACACGGUGUAAACAUAUUGUGGUAUACAUGACUAUAAAUUUGCGGAUACCUGGGUGAUUAUUGCUAUUUGCAGUUGCAUGUCCCUCUAUAUAAACACUAUUUACCCUGUAUUCAUCUAUACAUAAAAGCAUUUUUUUUUAUUAACAUACAGUACUAACAGUGACGUGUGUGUGUGUGUGUGUGUGUGUGUGUGUGUGUGUGUGUGUGUGUGUGUGUGUGUGUGUGUGUGUGUGUGUGUGUGUGUGUGUGUGUGUGUGUGUGUGUGUGUGUGUGUGUGUGUGUGUGUGUGUGUGUGUGUGUGUGUGUGUGUGUGUGUGUGUGUGUGUGUGUGUGUGUGUGUGUGUGUGUGUGUGUGUAGAA